AUGAGUGAUAUGGACAAUAUAAUCCAUGAGCCCAAGGAACGACAGAAUGUGCACUACUACUUUGAUCAGAUGUCAGGUGUCUGGGUUAAAAUGCCGAUAUCAUGGGAACAACAUCACGAAUUUGUUAAACCAAUAGUUAAGCAAAUCAAGGAAACGUGUCCAGCAUGGAGUGAUAAAUAUGAUAUUAUUGCAUCAUUAAGAGCCAGUAACUAUGAUCUUGACGAUUGCAUAGCAACCUAUUUUACAAUCGGUGAUACAGGUGUCAUGGAUAUGCCAGAUAGAUACCCUGGUGGCAAUGCUGCAAUGGUCAAAGAAAAAGAGGAUAAAAUACGCUCAUUGGAAGCAAAGUUAACAAAACUGAAAUCAGAUUAUGAAGAAGCUUGCCGAGUAAACAAAGUUAUACUAGAAGAAAAUGAAAAAUCAUUAUCAGAGUUACGAAAGCUACGUGACCAGUUAUCCGAGUCAGAAAUUGAAGCUAAAACAGCCCAUCUGAGAGUUGUGUCAAUGCAACAAGAGAGACCAAUGACUGCCAGGCCGAUGACAGCGAGACCUGGUACAUCAAGAACUAGAAGACCCAAAACACCUGAGAUAGAAACAGCUCCACCAGAGCCAGAAGUACUGACUUUACAGUGUGAACCGGAACCAGAAGUUGGACCAGUCAUUGACGAUGAAACAUUGAAGGCAGUCAACAAAGAUGUAAAAGAAGUUGACAAGAUGAAUAAAAGUUUAAAACAUCUUGUGAAAACUGGUUUUGAAGAUUUAAAGCAGUUAACACAGCAAGCCAUGGGUGGACUGAAGCAACUAAGAAGUCUAGACACCAAUACUUCGUCUGAGCUGGAAAAUAUAAAAGUACUUUAUAGGAAAGAAUGUCUGCAAAGAAAAAUACUCUACAAUAAGAUUCAAGAACUACGUGGCAAUAUCCGUGUGUUCUGUCGAUGUCGCCGUGACGACCGAGUGGAGUGCUCGCUCCAGUUCCCAACAGAUCAUGAAAUACAGUGCACCAAUCCUGCGGGUGGAGUUAAAAAGUAUAAAUUUGAUCGAGUAUUCACACCUAAAUCAACACAAGAUGAGGUGUUUACUGAAGUGAUGCCAAUCAUUACAUCAUGUGUGGACGGUUAUAACGUAUGCCUGAUGGCGUAUGGACAGACUGGGUCUGGUAAGACGUACACUAUGAUGGGACCAUCUGACAAUCCUGGCGUUAACUUGCGAGCUGUUACCGAGCUAUUGAAGAUAUGCAAUGAAAGGGAGAAAAUCAGAUACACACUAAAGGUCUCGUUACUAGAAGUUUAUAAUGAGAACCUACAAGACUUACUAACAGACAAAGACAGUCCUAAUCUGGAUAUCAGAAUGCAAGGUAAAAGACUACUAGUGCAAGGUCUGACUGACGUUGUUGUGAGGAACGUUGAUGAUAUUCAAGCUGUAAUGGCCAAAGGUGAUGCCAAUAGAACAACUGCUGCCACCAAAAUGAACUCAACAAGUUCUCGUUCACAUUUAUUAUUGAUGAUAUUUGUGGAGGGCGUUGACACUGUUUCAAACGCUACGUCGUACGGAUCACUGACACUAGUAGAUCUUGCUGGGUCUGAAAGAAUUGCUAAAACUGGAGCCACUGGACAGACGCUUGUAGAAGCCGCUGCAAUCAACAAGUCGCUGACUUCAUUAGGGCAGGUGUUUACUUCAUUACGUACCAAUGCUUUACAUGUGCCGUAUCGGAAUUCUAAACUAACCCACCUAUUACAGUCGUCAUUAAGUGGCGAUGCUAAGGCGUGUUUAUUUGUGAACGUCAGUCCCGAUGCGGAGAAUAUCAGCGAGAGCAUUAGCUCAUUGUCAUUUGGAUCAAACGCCAGACAAGUAGCUUUAGGGAAAGCCACACAGAAUGUCACCAAAGGCCAGUGAAACAACCAAAGAUGAGGAACAUUCACCAAAAACUACUUUUUAGAAAGUACAAUAUUUGUGGAGAAAUUAUUUUGUAUUUGAAUUAAAGAGUGCAAACGUAUGUACAUAACAGUUCCGUCCAUUUUAUAUUUGUCAGAUUUAUUUUAAUAUUUAAGAAGUUAUAAAUAAAUGUACAGAGAAAAUAUCUAAAUCAAACACUAUAGGGGCC